CAGGGCCGCUAGGGGGCUGGACUCCGCGACCCCUGGAGAUGGGCUUCGGGCCCGACGGGCACCGACGGGUAGCGCCGAGACCUGCUCCCGGGCCUGACCUCCUGGCACAGAACUCUCUCCACGGCCAAGGCACGAGGCCAGGGUCCCAGGCCCACAAGGGCGGGCCUCACCCAAGCAGUUGAAAGGGACCCUUUCUAAUGGGGGUGGGGGGUGGCCUGGGUGAAGGUCAGAUGUACCCUGAUCCCAAGGAACAGAAUUAGCCCUGCAGGUGGCGGGUGGCAGUGGUUGGAGUCUAGCAUGGGCAGCAGGUGUCAAGAGAAAGUCAGACCCUCCCACUCUCCCUCCCCUGGACUCCUUGCCCUGCUCCAGGCUCCCUUCUGGCCACUGGAUUUGGGUUCUGCCGGGUGCAGGUAACCCUUGCUUCCCUAGGACUCCUCAGGGCAGGAGCUCUGAGGGGUCCUGCAGGGUCUAGUCUCCUCUGCUCUAGUCUUGGCCCCCUGACCGUACCUAAUGACAAAGACCAGCCCUCUCUAGAUGGUCUCAUCUUUCCUCCAGACCCUCUUAAGGGCCAGGUUUAGGGGACAAACUCCCUGGUAGGGACCUGAGAGCCAGGCAGCUGCAGGUCAAGCCAGCUUCCUGCCUCCAUGCAGAGGGAAAGUGGGAAGCGUGACAGGAACUGGGCCCUGGGCCAGGGCCUGGGAACUGGGCCUUCAUGCCCUUUCUGCUGGAUCCCUGCUCUGUGGGUACGUGUGCGCACGCGUGUGAGCGCAGACUCAGCCAUGCAGGUGUGGGACACAUCACUGGGGGCUUGGUGAGGCAGGAGGUCACAGGAGGGGUCAUGCUAUGACCCUGAGCAACUUCCUAGAUAGGCGAGGGGCUGGACAAGGUCUGAUUUUCAGGGUCCCCAGGGUGUCUCUGGACCUAAGGAGCAAGUUCCUUAGCCCCAGGCAGAGACCCCUGCCUCCCCCCAUCUCCCACCAGCAGCACCUCGGUGAUGAGGGUCCCAGGAUCCCUAGGAAGAAUGUCAUGAGGAAGCAACUAGGCACAGUGGCCUCCAUCAAGGUCAUGGGCCUUCUGAGCUCAGAGAGAGUGGAAAUCAGUUGGAUCUCAGGAACUUGUCUGUGAUAAUAGCCCAAAUUCAGGGAGGAGCGGGUUUUGAGAUCUGGUUGGAAUGACCCUCAGACUCUCUUCAGCCUCACUCUGAAUUGUCCCCCAGGCAAGUUCUGGUGCCAGAGAAGGCCCUGUCAUGUGCAUUUGACCGUGCUCCAGCCUGGGAAAGCCUCGGGUGGGGCUCUGACCGCUCUGGCCAGCCCCUCUCUGCCCCACCCUGUGCUGACCGUCUGGACUGUCACUGCUCUGGCCCACAUCCCUCUGAGGUCUGGACAGUGAGGUCUGUCCCCCGUGUCCACCCCUACCUCGUGUCCCCUUCCUGUGGCCCUGUGGUUGGUGGGUCAAUGGGCAUGUCUAUCGGCACUGCUCACCCGGGGGCCUCCGGCACUGUGGGGCAGGGCCAGAUGCAGGUGCCUGAUACUGAUGCCUGGGAGGGGGCUGGGCCCCAUGGUGGGGCGGUGGGCAUGCAGAGCCCCCUUGGGCUCGCCCGCCGUUCCAAGGGUCGGAGAGGAAGGUAUAUCUCUGGUUAAUUUGGUUCUGUAUAGACGGGGUAGAACUCGGUUUGGUUUCCUCUUGUACCAGAAGGGUCAGGGCCUGCAGCCGGGGGCAGGAAAAUGGAGAAGGACACUGUCUGCGCUCCGGGGUCCCCAGGCCUGGAACCCUUCCCCACUGGACUGCGGAUUCCCCAUAACAACAGUGUCUGCCCUGCUGGAGAGUCCAGCCCCAGUAUCACCAGUGUAGGCGGUGACAGGCCAUUCCUAUGUCUCCCAGGGUCCCAGGUUUGGGGCAAGGCCACACAGAGAGCUAGUCCAGCCAGUGGCCAGUACAGGUUUAGGCUGGUUCGGUUAGGUAGGCUGGGCUGUUCCUGGGCUCCUGAGCACAGCCCAGGUUCAGUUGGGCCUUGAAGGGCCCAGGCCUUGAGACCCGCCAGAAGCCCGGUAUGCCUCAUUCACCCUACCUGCCUUCCUUCCCUGGUACUGCAAGACCAUGUCGCCAAGGCUGAGCUGAGUCACGGACCCAGCACAGAGCCGGGAGCUCUCUGGCACCGAGGGGACCCUGGGCCCUGGCACAGAGGCGUACGGGGAUUGGAGAUGAGGACCUGGAGCCCCCCUACCUCCUCCCACCCCCUUGGCCACAGCAGCAAGGCUCCCUGGUCUGCCAUGCGCCCAGCUGCAUGUCAGGCCUGGCUGGGGGAUGGGAGGCCCUGCGUCCGCCCGGGAUUCAGGAGGGCAGUGGUGCGAGUGGCGGCAGCCUCACGGGGGCCCCACCCCUGGAGAUUUCCACCUGAUAGACCCAGUGGCAAUUUGUGGGGAGGAGAGGGGACGGGAAGUACGGUUGAGAGUCCCUGAAAGGACAGCCAGGUGCCCGUCACCCUUCUCUGUGACUUUGGUUCUGGGCCUCCACCCUCUACCGCUGCCCAAUGCUCUGGGCAUCACCCAUCGCGAGCAGGAAUCUGCGGCUACUGGGGCUGGGCGGGGGAGGCCGUGCUGCAGCGGAGCAGGGGCCCGUGGUGGAGGGGGUUGGAAGGGUUCUGGGUUCCACGUCCCCCGCCCCACACUGUCCUGUCGUUGGUCCAAGGACAGCAUGAAGCCAUUGCCCUUUUCCUGGUGGCCUCGCCUACUCUCCCGUGGCUGGCUCUGGAGGUCACCCUGCGGCAUCCCCUGCUCUAGGAGGCCUUCCCGGGCAGCCUUACCCGCUGGGCUAUGUGACCAAAAGUUGCCCCCGGGUCUGGCUCCCCAACAAGCCAGCGCGGGAGAGAGCUCAGGCACUAGGCUCAGAACAUGCCUAGGAAGGUCCUGGAGGGUGGUCCCCCAAUUCCCCGGGAGGAAAGUGUGUGCAGGCAUGUUGCUUAGGCUGGGGGGCCCUGGGGCAGCUGUCUGAGCUUCCAGGCUGCUCUGAACUAACCCACGGACCCUGGGGAGCCAUCAAGGUCCGAGCUGAGCGUGGCUUCAGUGAAGACACAGGGCGACAAACAGAAGCAUGUCCGUGUGUCUGGGCUGUUCGUUCACACGGUGGGGGGGGCUGCAGUGGGCUUCAGGGAAACGCAGGCAGGGUGAACCAUGCCCAGCAAAAGGGCUGGGUUCUGGGUGCAUUUGGAAGGGAGGCCACGAGGUUGCUGGAAAAGAGAGCGCCGAGGGGCUGCAAGCUGGUGACGGCAGCCACGCGUGAGCAGGGGGACCGUGGAGAAGAGCAGCCUUUCCGAGCGUGGCCAGGAGGUUCACACUUUGCGAAUGUGAAGAUAGAAAUGCUGUUACCUUCCCUAAUGGAGGGGCCAAGAAGAGAAGUAUCUGUGAGUGUGAAGCUCAGAUCCCAGGUGAGGCUAGAGGCAUAGGAGGCCCGUGGACGUGUAGUAGACACACGCCCAGCACAGGUGAGCCACUCUGGCCCUGAGAGGUCAAAAACAGGAGGCCCCGGCAGAGGACCCUGGCCAGGUGAAGCAGGGUGCCUAGUGAGCGUGGAAUUCUGAGGAACAGCGGAGUAGGGGCAUGGCCCUGGGUCGGUCAGAUGCUGCUGAGGACCAAGGCCUGGCCACAGGCCCGGAAGACAGGUGAGCACCCUGAGACUAGAGGUCUCUGCGGGGCCGGAGGGCGGAGGGCAACAGACCUGUGGGGAUUCGGGCAAGGAUGCGCAGUGCAGGCCGGCGCAGGCCGGCGCAGGCCAGAACUUUCCGUGGUGAUGGGAGUGUUUCCUCCCUGUCCCUUCAGCAGGCCGCCAGCCGCAGGUGGCUCUGGCAGUAGAGUGUGGCCGUGUGACCCAGGAACUGGGCUCUGGUUUUGUAGAAUUUUCCUUCAUUUACAUUCCCAUGUCACGCAUGCUCUGGGCUGCUGUGUUGGACACACGGGUAUAGCCUGUGGGCACGGAGGCCUCCUCGGGGAACAAAGGACAGGCACCGAAGGCCUGGGGCACAGAGAGGGCUGACGGAGAAGGACCUGGAGGGCGUCCGGGCUGGCGCUAGACACGGAUCUAAUUUCCACUCUAGAAAGUUCUCUACGGGGCAGGAUCAUCCUUGCUGUCUCUUGGGUCCAAUUUAAACCUGGGCCAGAAAUUCCUGCCCUAAUAGGGGAACAAAAGCUACUGGUGUCAAGAAGGCAGCAGUUAGGGUCUCGGACUCGGGCUCAGGCACAGCCCUCAGUGUGGGCCAUGCAGGCCAGUCCCUCUGGGGUCCUGGGGCUGUCCCCCACUUCACGGGGGAGGCUGUGACGGAGGACCAGCCUGGGCAGGCAGGGCUGGGGGCAGACACAGGGCUGCCGUCCCUCUUAGCAGCCCGCCUCUUGGGUCCUUCAGUCACAGGACUCAGCCCGUGUGCAGCUCCCAGCCGCCCUCUCAGGGGUGCCCCAUCCGUCCACCUGUGCGCCCCCCCGCCACUUCCUGAGUCGUCCACCACCACCACCACCACCACCACUACUAUUGCUGCUGCUUCUUCCUCUUCUUCUAAAGAUUUUAUUUAUUUAUGUGACAGAGAGAGACACAGCAAGAGGGAACACAAGCAGGGGGAGAGGGGGAGGGAGAAGCCGGCUUCUGCUGAGCAGGGAGCCCUAUGCGGGGCUCGAUCCCAGGACCCGAGCCAAAGUCAGACAUUUAAUGACUGAGCCACCCAGGUGCCCCACUUCUUCUUUUUAAGAUUUUAUCUAUCUGUUUUCGGGAGCAUGAGCACAGGUUGGGGGAGGGGCCGAGGGAGGGACAGAAUCUCAAGCUGACUCUGUGCUGAGCCCACAGCCCGACAUGGGGCUCGAUCUCACCGACCUGAGAUCAUGACCUGAGCCGAAACCCAGAGUCAGAGGCUUAACCAAGUGAGCCACCCAGGUGCCCCCUUUAUUCAUUCACGGCUUAAUCCAGGUAUAUUGGUUAAUGCCCAGGCACUGCUUUUGUCCCUGGGACACUGGACCACUCAGAGCAGCUUCUGCCCUUCAGGGCUGAAACCCUCUCGUGGGAGAUGGACAGGAAGCCGGUGACGCGUGCUAUCCGCCCAGGAGGCGACAGACACCGUGAAGACAGAUAAAGCCGGAGGAGGGAGGGUCUCCUGGCCAUGGGAAUGUGCGCCAGGGGCGGACAGCGGCUCCCACAGGGCGGACCCGCAGCGGGGAGGCUGGUCGGGGUGGAUGGCAGACCGAGCCUGCGGAUAGCACUCUUGUUCCGGGAGGGCUCAGUGACGAACGCCGGGGUUGGGGGUGUCCCUGGGCUUGCAGCACGUGCCCCGUGAGGGCAGGCGGUGGCCAACACCACACCAGGAGGGGUGGGACUGGCAGGGUCUGCUGCCAGGGCCCUGAGGGCAGGAAGGAGGCCCUGUGACACAGCGGCACCCGGAGUACCUUUGGCCAAGCUGUGAUGCCCUGGCAGGGCUCCGACUUCGAGGCGAGCUUCCUGGUGGCGGCUGUGUGGGGGUGCUGGACGGCGUCUGUCCCACUCACCCCCACCACCCCCAACCCCAGCGAUGUUUCUGCUCAUCUGUGUCCCUGGGACCCCGUGGCCCCACUCCUUCCCCACAGCCCUCAGAGCCAGCCGGUGGCCAUUGCCCGUGGCAGGCUGUGGUUUCACCCUAACAUCAGUGGAGUUGAGGCAGAGAAGCUGCUCCUGUCCAAGGGGCCAGCACGGGAGCUUCCUGGUGAGACCCAGCAAGAGCUGCUGGGGGAGCUUCAUGCUGUCCGUCAGGCACCACAAUGAGGUGGCCCACAUCAAUGUCCAGAACACGGGCGACUACUACGAUCUCUACGGAGGGGAGAAGUUCGCCACGCUGGCCGAGCUGGUGCACCACUACACAGGCCAGCGUGGGGGGCUGCUCCGUGAGCACAGCGGGGCCCCCGUAGAGCUCCAGCAGCCACUGGGCUACCAGAACCCUGUCUCUGAGCGGUGGUACCAUGGACACCUGUCUGGCAAGGAGGCUGAGCAGCUGCUGAUGGAAAAAGGACGUCUGGGCACCUUCCUGGUGCAGGAAAGUCGGAGCCAUCCUGGGGACUUCAUGCUCUCUGUGCUCACACCGAGGCCUGAGAAGGCCGACCUCCAGCCGCGGGUCACACACACCAUGAUCCACUUCCAGGUGGGGCAUGGCAGCAGGGACAGGGGUGUGGCUGGGGGAGGGGGUGGGCAGUGGCCGGGCCCCUCACUGCGGUCCCCACAGCCAGACGGGAAGUAUGACGUGGGAGGUGGGGUCCAGUUCGACUCCCUCACUGACCUGGUGGAGCACUGCAGGAAGAACCCGAUGGUGAAGAAGUCGGGCACGGUGGUGCAGCUCAAGCAGCCCCUCAAAGCCACGAGGAUCAACGCCGCAAGCAUCGAGAGCCGAGUGCAAGAGCUCAGCGGACCCACUGAUGCCAGCGGGAAGGCCAAGCAGGGCUUCUGGGAAGAAUUUGAGAUGCUGCAGCAGCAGGGAUGUCGGCUCCUGUACCCCCAGAAGGAGGGGCAGAGGCUGGAGAACUUGCCCAAGAAUCGCUACAAGAACAUCCUUCCCUUUGAUACCACCCGCGUCACUCUGCGUGAUGUGGACGACACUGUGCCCGGAGCCGACUACAUCAACGCCAACUACGUCAGGGUGGGUGUGCGAGAGGCCAGCUGCGCGCAUGGCCUGAGCGAUCCGGAGAAGACAGCUCACGGACCGGGCAAGGUGUACAUCGCCACCCAGGGCUGUCUGCAAAGCACAGUGGCUGCCUUCUGGGCAAUGGUGCACCAGGAGAACACGCGGGUCAUUGUCAUGGCCACGAGGGAGGUGGAGCGAGGCAGGAACAAAUGCUUCUGGUACUGGCCCGAGCUGCAGGGCAGCCAAGAAUAUGGCCGUGUGCGUAUUUCCAACUUGGCAGAGUACCAAGCCCAGGACUACUGCGUGCGGGAACUGCAGGUGUGGCGGCCAGAUCAGGAAGAGCCGCGGCGCACAGUGAAGCACUACCAGUACUUCAGCUGGCCAGACCACGGGGUCCCCGCCGAGCCCUCGGGCGUCCUCGGCUUCCUGGAUGAGGUGAACAGGGCCCAGAGCAGCAUGCCGGGGGCUGGACCCGUGGUGGUGCACUGCAGCGCCGGCAUCGGACGCACGGGCACCAUCAUCGUGAUUGACAUCUUGGUGGACCUCAUCCGCAGGCGGGCUGAGCCGCCCCGGCCCCCCGCUCCUCGCGCCUAGCCCCUCCCCGUGCCCCGGCCCCGCCCCUCGCGCCUAGCCUCCGCUCCGCCCUAAGCUUCCGGUCCCGCCCCUGGCCCCCUCCCCGUGCCUCGGCCCCGCCCCGAACUUCCGGUCCCGCCCCUCGCGCCUAGCCCCGGUCGUGCCCGGCCCCCCGCCCGCGCUAGCCCCGCCCCGUGCUCCCGGCCCUGAGCGCGCCCGUGCCCAGGUCUGCACUGCGACAUCGACGUGCCCAGGACGAUCCAGCUGGUGCGGCGGCAGCGCUCGGGGAUGGUGCAGACCGAGGCGCAGUACAAGUUCGUGUACCUGGCGCUGCAGCGGCACAUCCAGGCCGAGCAGCUGCGCCUGCGCGAGCAGCGCCGGCCGCCGGAGGAGCCCUCCUACCGGAACGUGGGCCUCGGGUCGGCGGACGCCGGCUGCAACGCUGCCCCCGUGUCGUCUCGGGCGCCGGCGGCGACCCCGGAGGCCCCUGGCGGCGACUCCGAGAACCUGCGGGGCCCCGCGCGGUGAGGGUGCCCCGGUGGGGGCCGGAGCCGCGCGGCAGGGGGAGGGCCCGCCGGGCCGGGGCGCUCCUCGGAAGGACUGUGUUUAGGGCAGCGCAGACUGCAGCUUCUCCCCGCGUCUCCCCCAGCCCUCAGACCCUCCGAACGCGGCCUGGACGCCUAGAAAUGGGCAGGGGCAGUGGGGAGACCCGAACGCCCUGCCCUUUCCGGGGCUCCCAGGUGACAGGGGAGCGGGAGGGCCUCAGGGCUGUGGUGUGUCUCCCGGUGUGGGAGGCCACCAGUCACCGCCUGCACCGCGCAGUGACCCCCUGUGACCCCGUGUGUGCCACAUGUUUGUCGUGCGUGGCCAGUCUGUGCUUGACCUGACUGGGGCCAUCAUCGGGGCUUGCCUGCCCUACCCGCGGCCUCAGCACCCACCUCCGCCUCAGAGCUGCCCACUGCGCGUGUGCACGUGAGAUGCUCCUGGAGCACAUGUGUGACCUCGUGUGCCGGGUGAGGCUCACGUGCGGGCAUGACCCGUGUGUGACCGCUGGGGCACCACUGGUGUGUUGUCUGUGCUCCUCCCAUCCCGGAUGGCCCUGUGGCUUUGUGGGACCCUCAAUAAAAUGACUUGGUCUCA